CGCCAAAAUUUUAUAUUCGAAAUUGGUAUAUAAGCCGCGGCACCAACACUAAUGUCACUAAGUCGACCAUAGCUCAAAUAUAGAAAAUGAUCCGCUUAACUCAAUUGUUCGUGUUGUUGGCGGUAACAGUUUAUGGGAUUGUAGGAGAUGACCACGGUCCGCUUUUCCUCAAGUUCAAAGACCGGAUGUCCAAAGACGAAUGGGUGAAAUGCGCCGAGUCUGCCGGAUCUACAGUCACCCAAAUGAACGAGAUGCUGAAAAAUCACCAGAGAAGCAGCGAGGUGCAAUGUUUCCUCAAAUGCAUCAUGGAAACGACGGGUAUUAUCGGUUCCGACGGCAAAAUCGACUUGGCGAAGGCAAAGGACGAUGCGCCCAAAUUCCUGACCGCCGAGGAAGUCGACGAGUUGGUCAAGUGUCUCGAAGGCAUCGACAAAAUUGCCAGCUGCGAGGACAUGAAGAAAUUCCACGACUGCAAACCCAAAGCCCCGGCUUAGGUCUUUUAUUUUAUUUACUUCGUCUGUCCGUAUGUUUGAACGUCAAUAAAAUGUGAUUGAA